CGCGCUCGGGGGUGGAUUGGGCACGCCUGGGAAGAUGGCGGCGGCGGAGCGAGCGGAGCAGCCGGGGCAGGCCGGCUCCUGCCCUACCACUGAAAACGCCGCGUCUCGGGAGCCGCUGAUUGUGACAGCAGUGAAGUUUUUACAGAAUCCACGGGUCCGCCAGAGUCCUCUUGCAACCAGAAGAGCAUUCCUGAAGAAGAAAGGCCUGACAGAUGAAGAGAUCGACCUGGCUUUCCAGCAGUCGGGCACGGGCACGGAGGAGCCACAGUCCCCAGGUCCUGCCACACACCCCGUGCCAGCACAGCCCCCUCCCCCUGUGGUGUAUAGUCCCCCUGGCUCCAGAUGGCGAGAUUAUGGGGCUUUGGCCAUCAUAAUGGCAGGAAUUGCCUUUGGAUUCCACCAGCUCUACAAGAAAUACCUGGUUCCUCUCAUCAUGGGAGGCAAAGAAGACAGGAAACAACUUCAGAGGAUCGAGUCAAACAUUUCUGAGAUGAGUGGCAGCGUGACACAGACAGUGACUCAGUUACAGACAACUUUAGCAGCUGUCCAGGAGCUGCUAAUCCAGCAACAACAGAAAAUCCAGGACCUCACCCAAGAGCUGGCUGCUUCUAAGGCCACAACUUCCACCAACUGGAUCCUGGAGUCACAGAAUAUUAAUGAAUUGAAAUCUGAGAUCUACUCUUUAAAAGGGCUCCUCCUGAACCGGAGGCAGUUCCCUCCCUCCCCUUCAGCUCCUAAGAUCCCAUCGUGGCAGAUCCCGGUGAAGCCAAGCUCACCCUCCAACCCCGUCGUUGCCAACCACAACAGCAGCAGUGACAUCUCCCCGGUCAGCAACGAGUCGACCACCUCGUCCCCGGUGAAGGAGAACCACAGCCCCGAGGGCUCCAAGGUCAGCUGCCACCUGCUGAGCACCGAGGAGGCCACCAAGGCCGUCAUCGAUGUCACCAGCCAGGUGAGGAUGGAGGUGCAGGGGGAGGAGGAGAAAAGGGAAACCAAAAGGAACGAAGAGGAGGAAGAGGAUGAUGAGGAUGACGAUGUCAGCCACGUGGAUGAGGAGGAGUGUCUGGGUGUCCAGACUGAGGACCGGCGAGGAGGGGAUGGUCAGAUUAAUGAGCAAGUGGAAAAGCUACGAAGACCUGAGGGAGCCAGCAAUGAGAAUGAGAUUGACUAAGACACCCUGGCUGCUGCUGCUGCUGCUGUCCAUCCUCCCUGGCCUGCUGCACUGCCCCAGUGCCUCUCCCGUUUUGUGGAGAGAAGUGCUACCAUCCCCUCCAGUGAUUCUCCCAUGACUGACCUCGAGCAGGGUCACGAUUGCCUGGUGAACAAGGUGGGCCCUGUUUCACCACAGGGCUUUGCAGUGUUGCAGUGGCUUCUUCUCCCCUCCCAGACCUCCUGUGAGCUGGGGUCACUGCUAGGCUGGAAGACCGAUCGCCUUACCAUGCACCACAGCUACAGAAUCAGCCCUCCUGCAAAAACACCAUCUCAAACAGUCAGCCUCUUGCUGCAUCCUAGAGCCCUUCCAUCCAACUUCAGAAAUCUGUCCUGAGCUCCUUGAUUUCACAAGCCUUUAAUCCCCACAUAAGGCCCAAACCAGUUCUGUUUCCCAAAAUAAACCCUCUGUUUUAUUUCUCAAACUACUUGAUAUUCUGUUGCCAAAAAAAAAAAAAAAAAGAGCAUUUUAACCCUGAGUUCCUCACCAGACCUCAGUCUUGGCUCUUCCAAACCUUAUGCCAAGCCUCAGAUUCCUGAAACUACCUAGCAUCUAAAACCACUAAAUUUCUGUGGGGUCCAAAGAACACUAUUUCCACCCCAUGUGCUUACACUCAUCAGAGUGGCCUCUUACUAGGGACCAAGUCCAGGUGUCAGAGCCACAGUAAAAUCCAUGGGAACAGGUGGCUUUGUUGCUGAUUGCUCCCCAGUAAAAGAAGGCUUUAAAAGAAGUUGACUCCACUCAUCCCAAUUAUUACCCUUCCUCCUCCAAAGACAAGGAGCUCCCAUCAGUUUUUGACAUCUUACAUUUUAUUUAUAGCUGCCCUGAAUGAAUGAAUGAAUAAAUGAAUGGGGUGAUAUAUCAGAUGCUGAAAUAGUUGGUUAAUUCUGAAUGUUUGCAAUGGUUUUUAGCCUGUUUUUCUCUCUAAAUGAGAAGAAAACAAACCUUAAAUGGUUAGCUCAGACCUGUAUUUCUCCAGUGACAGGCACCUGCUUCAGCAGAGCAGUCUCUUCAGCAGAGAGAACAGCUCCAGCUCUGAGGUUUAACCACUGGCCCUCCUUGCCCAGUCCAGCCUUUUUUUGCCCCACUGGGGCCAUACACAAAUCAAACCAGUGAAUUUUGAAACCUCUCAUUUGCAGCAUUGUGUUCUCAGCUGGUAAAAUGGUGGUGUCCAAUGAUAUUAUUCACUGCAUCAGAACCUCUUAGCAGAGCAAUUCUUGUAACAACUGAGUCUCACUGUCCUCACCAAGCAAGUGUGCUCGUCUGUGUGAUCAUGUAUAGAUUUCAAAUAUAAAAUAUGAUUGUAUAUAAUUGUAAUAAAUAUGACUUACCACUAUUUAACACCAGGCUA